AUGGCAUGGCGGGGAGGAGCAGCGGGCAGCCAGGACAGGGACAAGCUCUUGCCUUCCCCUGGCAGGGUGCCCCAGGGGCUGGGCUGCCAGGAGCCAGAGGUGAGCGUGGAGACCCGGGCCCACGGGGUGAAGAUGGGCGCCCAGGGCCAGGAGGGGAUCGGUUUGCCUGGGAACCGGGGAGAGCGUGGGGACAAGGGAGACGUCGGGGCUCCAGGGCCCAAAGGAGACAAGGGAGAGCGUGGCCUGAAGGGCGUGGAAGGGGACAAGGGGAACAAAGGGGAGCAAGGCAUGCCUGGAGAGAAGGGGGCAAGGGGUGAGCAAGGUGAGAAGGGCUCCACAGGCUUCCCUGGGGCACGUGGACCUGGUGGGCAGAAGGGAGAGGUUGGAGUGCCAGGAGAGCCUGGUGAGCCGGGCCAGCCCGGCCGCAAUGGGAUCCCUGGAGCCCGAGGAGAGAAAGGGGACAUGGGACCCCUGGGCAUGCGUGGCCCCAAGGGUGAUCGGGGCAUGAAAGGCGCCUGUGGCCUUGAUGGUGACAAGGGUGAGAAGGGAGAGCCAGGGAUUCCGGGGCGCUCAGGGUUGCCAGGGAGGAAAGGUGAGCAGGGAGAGCUGGGUCUGUCAGGACCACCGGGCAUCCCUGGGAAGGAGGGGCUCAUGGGACCCAAGGGCGACCGGGGAUUCGAUGGGCAGCAGGGAGCCAAAGGAGACCAAGGGGAGAAAGGAGACCGGGGUGCCCCAGGCAUUGUCGGUGUCCCUGGUCCCCGAGGCAAUGAUGGUGCUCCUGGCCCCCCUGGCCCCCCAGGGAAUGUUGGCCCCCGGGGUCCUGAGGGCAUGCAGGGCCAGAAGGGGGAGAGAGGCCCCCCAGGACAGUCGGUGCCAGGGGCCCCCGGUGUGCCUGGCAUCCCUGGUGAGAGAGGAGAGCAGGGCCGUCCUGGCACCCAGGGACUCCGUGGGGAGAAGGGGGAGCCGGGCCUGACGGAGGAGGAGAUCCGUGCCUUCGUCAGGCAGGAGAUGAGCCAGCACUGUGCCUGUGGCGGCCACUUCCCACAGCGCCUGGAUUCACGGCUCUUCACCACCCAGCCAUUCCCUGUUGGAAGUGCUCAGGCAGUCCCUGUGCUCAAGUUGUUACACAAUGAAGAAGAGGAGGGGGAGGACAGGCAGGUCAUGCUUGACACGGAUGACCUCGAGUACGACAGUGUGUAUGAGGAGGAAGACUAUGAUGAGGUCCCAGAGGAGGACAGCUCGGAGCAGCCUGCGAUGGGCGCGCAGCCCUGCGUCCUGCCGCUGGACGAGGGGCACUGCCAGCGCUACACCCUGCGCUGGUACUACAACCAAAGAGCCACCGAGUGCCGGCCCUUCGUCUACAGCGGCUGCCGGGGGAACCCCCACCGCUUUGACAGCAAGGAGCCGGCAGCGUCCCCGCCCGGGGCCGCGGGCUCAGCGGCUGCGGAGCACGGGGAGGAUGCUGGUCCCCAUCUCGGCUCCGACACUGCCUCGCCUCUCUCCGCAGGUGCCCCCGGUGUCUCCAGCAGCAAGGAGGGAGGGCAGCCCAAGGUGUAG